AUGGCCGUCGAGGCCGGCCUCCUGAGUCAGUUCAUCACCGCCGCUGGCUUCGCGGUCGGCCUCCGGAUCUGCUUUGUCGUCGCCUCUGCAUGCCACAUGGCCGGCCUCCUGAUUGGUUUAGUCUGCGUCGCCGCUGCUGCUGUCCGCACGGCCGGCCCCCUGAACUGUCUUAGUCCUUGUGUUGUCGACCUCCGGCCCUCUAAAAGCACUCUGUGUGGGGAACAUGAGAGCCAGACCAAAGCUCAGAGGAAGAAACGAGGAACUAAACGCAAACAUGAACCUGAACCCAGCUGUGUGUCCUUAAAGAGUGACUGGUCUGAAGAUCGACCCAUUAAUUUUAAAGUCCAGCCUGUGUCUGCUGCAGAGAGAGGGAGGAAGAGGAAGAGGAGUGGUGUUUGUGAGGAGGAGCAGCUGUCCUGCUGUGCUUUGGAUCAGGACGUCCUGAAGGAUCCAGUCUCUACCAGCUCUGGACACUGGUUCUGCAGACAGUGUAUCUCCUCAUACUGGGACCAGUCUGCUUCAUCAGGAGACUUCUCCUGUCCCCAGUGUGGAGGAAGAUCCAGAACCAGCGCUGGACUGCAGACAGCCAGUCAGAGCAGCUGUGUACAAAAUGUUGGUCUGCAGGAUGUUUUAGAUGAACAUAAGAUCAGUCUGAGGAGGAGAUGUGAACGUGUGACUGAAGGAAGUGAUGAAACAGGAAGUAGAACCCUCCUCAACAGGAUCUACACUGAGCUCUACAUCACAGAGGGACAGAGUGAAGAAGUUCAUACCCAACAUGAGGUGAGGCAGCUGGAGACAGCUUCCAAGAUGGACGCCCUCCAUGACGCUCCAAUCAGGUGCCAGGACAUCUUUAAAGCCUUACCUGACCAACAGAGACCCAUCAGAGUGGUUCUGACCAACGGCGUGGCUGGUGUUGGAAAAACCUUCUCAGUGCAGAAGUUCACUCUGGACUGGGCAGAGGGCUUGGAGAACCUACAUGUCAGUGUGGUGGUUCUGCUUUCAUUCAGGGAGCUAAACCUGAUUAGAGAUGAGCAAUACAGUCUUCUGGAGCUACUCCAUGUUUUCCAUCCAACAUUACAGAAGGUCACAGCAGAGAAGCUGGCUGUCUCUCAGCUUUUGUUCAUCUUUGACGGCCUGGAUGAAAGCAGACUUUCAUUGGAUUUCACCAACAGGAAGCUGCUGUCUGAUGUCACACAGAAGUCAUCAGUCAGCCAGCUGCUGACAAACCUCAUCCAGGGGAAUCUGCUUCCCUCGGCUCUCGUCUGGAUAACUUCACGACCCGCAGCAGCCAAUCAGAUCCCUCCUACAUGUGUUGACAGGCUAACAGAAGUACGAGGCUUCACUGACGCCCAGAAGGAGGAGUACUUCAAGAGGAGAUUCAGUGAUGAAGAGCUGUCCAGCAGAAUCAUCUCCCACAUGAAGACAUCCAGGAGCCUCCACAUCAUGUGUAGAAUCCCAGUCUUCUGCUGGAUCACUGCUACAGUUCUGGAGCACAAGUUGACUACAGAGCAGAGAGGAGAGCUGCCCAAGACCCUGACUGACAUGUACUCACACUUCCUGCUGGUUCAGACAAAGAGGAAGAAGAACAAGUACCAUGAGGGACAUGAGACGAGUCCACAGGAGCUGACAGAAGCUGACAGGGAAGUUCUUCUGAAGCUGGGGAGGCUGGCGUUUGAACAUCUGGAGAAAGGAAACAUCAUGUUCUACCAAGAAGACCUGGAGCAGUGUGGUCUGGUUGUGACAGAGGCCUCGGUGUACUCAGGAGUUUGUACAGAGAUCUUCAAAAGAGAGUGUGUGAUCUUCCAGAAAGCAGUCUACUCUUUUGUUCAUCUGAGCAUUCAGGAGUUUCUGGCUGCUGUCUACAUGUUCCACUGUCACACCAACAGGAAGUCUCGUGCGCUGCGAGAUUUCUUGGGAAAAAAUUUUAAAAAGUUGUCUUUUGAUGAUUUUCUAAAGCAAGUCAUGAGAAAAUCCCUCCAAAGUAAAAAUGGCCACCUAGACCUGUUUGUUCGCUUCCUUCAUGGCCUCUGUCUGGAGUCCAACCAGACACUCUUAGGAGGUCUACUGGGUCAGACAGAGAACAGUCCAGAAAUCAUCCAGAGAGCCAUCAACAACUUGAAGAAGAUGAACAGCUAUAAAAUCUUUCCCGACAGAAGCAUCAAUAUCUUCCACUGUCUAAUGGAGAUGAACGACUUCUCUUUACAUCAGGAGAUCCAAAGGUUCCUGAAGUCAGAGAACAGCUCAGACAAGAAACUCUCUGAGAUCCAGUGCUCAGCUCUUUCUUUCAUGCUGCAGAUGUCAGAGGACAUUCUGGAUGAGCUGGACCUGCAGAAGUACAAAGCAUACUCAUGUAAGGGACGACAUAGACUUAUUCCAGCUGUGAGGAACUGCAGAAAGGCUCGACUGUCUGGCUGUAAUCUCUCAGAGAGAAGCUAUGAAUCUCUGUGCUCAGUUCUCAUCUCUAAGUCUUUUAGUCUGGGACAACUGGACCUGAGUAACAAUGACCUGGAAGACUCAGGAGUAAAGCUGAUGUCUGCUGGAUUGAGGAGUCCAAACUGUUCAUUGACAACUCUCAGACUGAGUGGCUGUAACCUCUCAGAGAGAAGCUGUGAUGCUCUGUCCUCAGUUCUCAACUCCCAGUCCUCUUGUCUGAAAGAGCUGGACCUGAGUAACAAUAACCUGCAGGAUUCAGGAGUGAAGUUUCUGUCUGCUGCACUCCAGAGUCCACAUUGUACACUGGAAACUCUCAGACUGAGUCACUGUGACCUGUCAGAGAGAAGCUGUGCAGCUCUGGCCUCAGGUCUCAGCUUUCAGUCCUUUAAUCUAAGACACCUAGACCUCAGUAACAUUAACCUGAAGGAUUCAGGCGUGAAGCUUCUGUCUGAAGGACUAAAGAGUCCACACUGUACGCUGGAAACUCUCAGUCUGUCAGGCUGUCUGAUCACAGAGGAAGGCUGUAUUUCUCUGGCCUCAGCUCUGAGCUCCAACCCCUCCCAUCUGAGAGAGCUGGACCUGAGCUACAAUCAUCCAGGAGACUCAGGAAUGAAGCUGCUGUCGGCUGGACUGAAGGAUCCAGGCUGGAGACUGGACCAAAGGCUAUUGAGCAUUAACGACCAUGUCAGAGAACCGUUGGUGUUCACUGGAAACAUCGCCGAGAAGUGGCGUGUGUUCGAGCAGGAAUACGACAUAUUCAUAGCCGCUGCUCAUUCCGAUAAGGAUGCUCGAACUAGAGCGUUCAUCCUGCUAAACCUGGCCAGCUCUGAAGCCAUGGAGCGGGAGCGCGCCUUCGUUUAUGCGCCCGCUGUGCACGUGGGUGAAGGAGAACACAGACGACUGGUGACCAAAGCAGAAUCGAGAGAAGACCCGGAAUGUCUCAAGCGCAAAUUUCAGGAGCUGUGCAAGGAAUACCCUCUGCAGUUCUUCGUAGUGAAACGAGACGUGCAACCCCUACUUGGCUUACCAGACUCACUCCACUUACAAUUAAUCACAUUGAACAAAGAAGUCCACCAUGUAGCCAAGGAUGUGGAAAGCACCUUUUCAGAACAGAUCUUCUUAGAGUAUUUGGACCUCUUUGAAGAUAAACUUGGUAAACUUCCUGUUACCUACUCCAUGAAAAUAGACCCAGAAGUCACACCAGUAGUAAAGCCUGCACACAAAAUACCAGUUCCAAUGCAAGACAAGGUUAAAGCAGAAUUAACCCGCAUGGUCGAGUUGGGUGUGAUCACCCCUGUCACCGAGCCAACAGAAUGGGUGUCGUCUAUGGUGGCGACCCACAAGAAAAAUUCAGAUGACAUCAGACUCUGCAUCGAUCCAAGAGAUCUAAACAAAGCGCUAAAACGCCCACAUCACCCUAUGCACACUAUAGAGGAGAUAGCCGCCCAAAUGCCUAACUCCAAAGUCUUUUCUGUCCUGGACGUGAAAUGCUCCUUUUGGCAGAUAACGCUUGACCAUAAAUCAUCCAUGCUCACGACUUUCAGCUCACCAUUUGGCAGAUUCCGCUUUCUCAGAAUGCCGUAUGGAAUAAACUCAGCCAGCGAGGUGUUCCAGCGUGCAAUGGAGCAGAUCUUUGCCGGAUACCCCUGUGCUGUCAUCGUCGACGACAUAAUCAUCGGCGGAAGAGAUAUGAAAGAGCAUGAACUGAAUCUUAGAAAGGUACUCGACCGUGCAAGGGAAGUCAAACUGAGACUCAACCCCCUGAAGUGCAAAUUCAGUCUCACAGAAGUCUGUUACGUUGGUCACGUCUUCACAAGCAAAGGCUUAAAGCCUGACCCAGCAAAGACUAAAGCAAUUAAAGAGAUGCCCACACCUGAAAACGUCACAGCUCUCCAACGCUUCUUAGGGAUGAUUAAUUACCUAGGAAAGUUCAUUCCUAAGUUCAGUGAGCUCUCAGCCCCACUUCGGGAGCUAACGUGGAAAGACAUUCAGUGGUGCUGGCUGAAGCAGCAUCAAGAUGCAUUCGAUGCUUUAAAACAAAGCCUAAUCAGUCCACCCACCCUCAGCUACUACGACGUCCAGAAACCCGUCACGCUAACGUGUGAUGCGUCGCAGUAUGGACUCGGGGCUGCAUGCCUCCAGGAAAGCGCCCCAAUCGCCUACUCCUCUCGUACUCUGACGCAGACCGAAAUGCGCUAUGCGCAGAUCGAGAAGGAGCUUCUUGCAGUUGUAUUCGCAUGUUCCAAGUUCAAUGAUUACAUCUAUGGAAAGCAAAUCCAAAUCGAAACCGAUCACCAGCCGUUGGUCACUAUCUUGAACAAGCCAAUACAUUCAGCUCCAGCCAGACUGCAACGCAUGAUGCUCAGACUGCAGAAGUACAACUUUCAGAUGGUGUACAAAAAAGGCUCGCAGAUGUAUCUCGCCGACACUUUGUCCCGUGCUCCCACAGCCUCGACAGAUCAGCACAGUGAUGAAACAGCUGAUUACGAGAUCAUGUCGAUCCAACAAAUCUCUUCUUCCAGGCUGACACAGCUAAAGGAACACACUGCCUCUGAUCCAGAGCUACAGAAACUGAGCACUGUCAUAAUGAGAGGCUGGCCCUGCAGGCAAACUCAGCUGCCCAAAGAACUUCAUCAAUACCACCCAUAUCGAGAUGAACUCACCCUAGAAGAUGGCAUUGUCAUGAAAGGCCCGAAGACAGUGAUCCCCAAGUCUUUGCAAAAAGAUUAUAUUGCCAUCCUCCACAGAGGGCACCCAGGCACGGAGGCCACUAAACGCAUGGCCCGUGGUAUCGUGUUUUGGCCCACAAUGACUGAAGACAUAGAGCAAGAAACAGCUGCGUGUCCAGUGUGCAACAGCACCAGGCCACAUCAACAGAAAGAGCCACUGAAGCUACAUCCAGUGCCGGACUUACCCUGGUCAACUGUCGCCACUGGCAUCUUUGAGUGGAAUGGUCAACAUCACCUGGUUGUCGUCGACUCUUACUCAGGUUGGUUCGAGGUAGACAUGCUUCGUGACCUAACUGCCAACACUGUCAUUUCAAAGCUUAAAAGACACUUUUCCGUCCAUGGCUGCCCGCACACAGUAAUAUCAGACAACGGCACCCAGUUCACCAGCCAACGCUUUGCAGACUUUGCUUCGGCCUGGGACUUUGUUCAUGUGACAAGUAGCCCAGACUAUCCGCAGGCUAAUGGACUGGCUGAACGUGCAGAACCAUCAAGGAAGCCUGCAAGGAGCCCAGAUCGUACAUCGUCCAGUCAGGAGGUGGAGAGUACAGGCGGAACCGCAGGCAUGUCCUCCCAGUCUCUGAACCGCCACCACAACACGGAGAUUCCCGUGAUGAUUACGCCGCGGCCCAACCACCAACCACGAGUCCCCCAUAGCACAUCCAAAGUCCUGUGCAACACACUGAAGAACAAACACAUAGCCGCACACAACACCUCACACAAGCCCCUGUCCAGUCCCCCUGUCGCCUGGCGAAUCGACACAAAGACAGUGAACACAAAGCUCCAACUGUCUGACAACAACAGGAAGGUGACACAUGUGGAGGAGGUUCAGUCAUAUCCUGAUCAUCCAGACAGAUUUGAUGUUUAUGAACAGCUGCUGUGUAGAAAUGGUCUGACUGGUCGCUGUUACUGGGAGGUCGAGUGGAGAGGAGGCGUUUAUAUAUCAGUGAGUUACAGAAGCAUCAGAAGGAAAGGAGAUGGUGAUGACUGUUGGUUUGGAUUCAAUGAUCAGUCCUGGAGUCUGAUCUGUUAUAGUGGUACUCCUCAGUUUGUCCUCCACAAUAACAGACGAACAUACAUCUCCUCCUCCUCCUCCUGCUCCUCCUCCUCCUCUGUCUCUAACAGAGCAGCAGUGUAUGUGGACUGUCCUGCUGGCACUCUGUCCUUCUACAGAGUCUCCUCUGACACUCUGAUCCACCUCCACACCUUCAACACCACAUUCACUCAAACUCUUUAUCCUGGGUUUAUGGUCUGGUCUCCUGGUUCCUCAGUGUCCCUGUUGUAA